AUGGUGGUAUGCAAGGUAAUAGUUGCUCUGGAGAAGAUGGAAUUUCCCGAGCAUGAAUCUGUACUGGAUGAGCUGCUUGCGCGAAAUGAGACUUUUGUCGAGGUUGAGGAUAUUGAUGUUGGAGAACACAUUGUUGCAGAGCAUGACAGAGUCGAUCGACAUGUACGUCUGGCACAGAGUUAUACUCAGAAACAUCAAGAUCGAGAUCUUGAACCGUUUGGACGGGAUUCCCAGUUCAGGGUCGUUUCUGAUAUUGUUCAGACUUUUCAGCAACAACGUGGACAUAACAAGCAGUUUGGCAUUCUGGGCAUUAUUCAAUGCAACACUAAGACUCUCGUAGAAUUUGAUCAGCAAGUCCACGGACCUUUGCAAAGACCAGGGGUCGAAAUCUCUCACAAAUAUAAGAUAGUUCUGGACCAGACUCUCGAAAGAGGGCCAGUUGUUGUCAAAGUACCCAAUUUUUUCGAUAUUAGACAUCAAUUGGCUAUUGGAGUAGCUCUUGUAAAAGCUGCUGAAACGGCUUCUGAUCCGAGGCCAAAAAUCGUCCAGAACGACUGGAGGCUUGUGGUACGAAAGCUUCCGCCUUUGAUGAUGUAUGAGGAGUUUUUGCACGCUAUAGCAGGACUCAAGGGGGUGCGUUCCAACUAUUUUGUGGGAGGACGAGCUGCUUCGAACUCGUUUGAGACUUCCAAACACUCGCGCGGGUACCUGAGCAUGCAGAAUGAGGCCACAAUGAUGGAGGCGGUGCAGUUGUUCAAGCAACUGCAGUUCCAGAGCGAGGGAGUGGAGUACAAGCCUGUUCUCGAAAAAGUGUUCAACAAGAAGUUCACGAAGCCGUUCCAUCCUAAUUUCUACAACGAUCCUGCGGAUGCGUUCCCGUUGGAUGAGUCCGAAGGGUACGCCAAGUAUCUUCAAUGGAGGACGGGGGAAAUCGAUGAGACAGAACUAAGGUCGUGGUUUUCUCCUCAGAAAGCCUUAGCAAAGGAAUCGAAACACAGAAAGAAAUCAAAGAAGUCUCGACAGAAACCCAAGUCCGACGACAAGAGCAAAGGCCAUGAUGACGACAAAAAACUGCCACCAGCGCCGAAAAUCAAGAAAAUUGCAACCAGACCCACUUCAGAGGCUGCGACGAACGACGCGCCGACACCCAAAAAACAGGGAACAAAAAAAAAGGAUAAAAAACAAGCACUCACCCCGUCUGAGUCUGUUGAUCCCGCGCCAGCAAAAGACGCAGUUGCCAAAGAAUCGCCCGCUCCAACGAAAAAGAAGAAUAAGAAGAAGAAUAAGUCGUCAAAUUCAGUGCCUGCAGAUGUCAGCCCUCCACCACAGCCACUAGUUGAUCUUCUGGAUCCGAAGUUCAUCAAUGAAGUCUUAGAAUGUGUUAUCGGCGAACAACCGAUGGAAACCGCUGCCAUUCGAGAAGAUACCCAGUACUUCAAAGCGCUCAAGGAUUUUUUCACGGAGAUGUUCUUUGGGAACCAGAUUGUUGAAGACCAUAUCAAUGCGUUGAACCCACCAUUGCUGGAUAGUUUCGUGAAAGGCGACGUUAAAUGCGAGUCGGUUGAAGAUCUGGCUCUGAUGGAGGCCAUAUACCAUUUCUUCUGCUUGUUAUUGGUUGCCAGUGUCCGUGGCAAGCGCAUGGCGUGGGCUAUGACCAAUAUUAACUACCUUCCUAAUGAACAUAAAAGGGUUUUGGAGAGAUUUAGCCUAAUCGCAGAGAAGGAGGACCAAUUCUCAGAACCAUACUCCCCCAAAAAACAGACCCAGGAGCUCAGUGGACUGUUGGCAGAGAAAGAGGAAGAGAUCCAGGCCCUGACUCUUGAAGUUUCCAAUUUGACCCAGCUUACCCAAGCCAGAGAAGAAGAGCUACUAGCCGAGUUAAAUGUCAAAGAAGACAAACUCGUCGCCUACGACGUCCUUGUGGCACAACUACGUUCCCAAAUAGAAAAACUGAACAACGAGUUAAAAGAGGCAGCUAUGGAAACAUCAUUGGGCGCCCAUUCGAAACUGGAGCUGUUUGCUUUUGAAAACAGAGUGUUGCAGGAGUUCAUUGCGAUUUUGGCACAGUCAUCAAAUUAA